GCCCCGGCCCCGGCCUAGCCCGGCGGAGGAAGCGCGGCGGUGCCGCGGGAGGCUCCGGCGAGCCCAGCCGAGCGGCGCGCAGAGCCCCGGGCCGCGCAGGGGGCAUGGCCGCUGGGAGCGCUGCUCAGGCCCUGGUGUCAUUCGAGGACGUGGCGGUCUAUUUCUCCCCAGAGGAGUGGGCGGUGUUAGAUGAAUGGCAGCAGGAGCUGUACCGGGAGGUGAUGAUGGAGAAUUACGAGCUCAUCGCCUCGCUGGGUUCUGCAGGCCCCAAACCGGAAAUGAUCUGUAAAAUGGAGCGAGGGGAAGAGCCACACGCUGCAGCUCCCCAGGGGAGAGGGACAGAGGAAUCCUGGAUGCCCCCAGCACAGCUGGCUGGGGCAGGCGUGUCAAGGAGGAGCGGUCGGCGGAGGGCUGCAACGAGCAGUGGGUGGCGCCCACCUCGCUGGCCGGGGGAGCCGAGGGGUUUGUGCUGGAAUAUCCUGCCCUGUGGUGCGAGGUGAAGCCGAGGGAGCUGGCCGGAGACGCCCCCCAGCAGUCCCCGGAGUGGGAGGGAAGGGACGGCGCGUUCCUGAGCGGCCCGUUGGCCAUGAUCCACCCGGCGAGCGAGGGCCCCUCAUCUGCUGCGAGUGCGGGAAGAGCUUUGAUGACGAGGCCUCGCUGAGCGCCCACCAGCGCCUGCACCCGGGCGCCGGGCCCCACGAGU